AUGUCCAUCACCCUUGAAGACAAUCAGCCCCCUGGGUUCUUGCGUUUGGGUCCCACCUGGUAUCAUGAAAUCCCUUAUUUGCCUCAUGGAUGGGAAACGACCAAUGAUAGAGGCUCUGGAUCGCUCAAGCAUGCAGCAAUGAAAGCCCUAUUGCAGGACCAGUCUGCCCUGGGACCGGAGUUGUUCGAACAUAUCCACUGGUAUCUAGCAAAGUACCUUUGGGAUUGUCUCAAAAACUGCAACAAGCAGACCAUGCACAUGUGGAAAAUCAUGGCCGCUGUCUAUCCUGCGCAGUUCUACAAAAUUUCUCCCCACUAUUCCCUCAAUGCUGGCUGUCCCAAAAAACCACUAGAAGACUACAUGGGUAUCCUUAAUAGCAACGACUUUCACUGGCGUGCAAUCUUGACCAUUGCAACUACCUUCUGUUCUACCACAGAUCUCACCGCUAUCCCAAAUAUCAAGAAUUUGGUCGCACUGGAUGUAUACAGUGAGCCCUACGCAUCGAAUCUCGUCCCAUUAAAUCCCGUGGACGUUGGCAACGGAGGUCUUUCCCUGCAAGAUGGAUUUGUGCGGGGUUGGAUCGAGUCCAAGGCACUGCAGCACUUGCGCAUCCUCCGGUUUUACCACCAGCACGAGAUGACUAUUGCCACACUGAGAGCUCUGCGUGAGCUACCAGAGCUCCAGCUUGUUGUAGCAUACGAGUGUAAAAAGAUCAAAAAGACGAUUCAGGAAUACGAUAAACCCGCAGAUGCAAUCAUUCCCAUCGAGGGUUGGUCGGCCUGCAGACUCGAUUGGUUCUGGGAGAAACAUGGGACGGCCAAAACAAUUGAUGAUUAUCUCCUGGCUCUGUUUGAUGUGUACCAGUCCAGUCUGAGGACUUCCGAAGGCGAGCAACCACAGAGACCAUCGUCGUUGGAUACAAAUCUUCCGAUCUUGGAGUUCAAAUUACCUACUGUCGAUCACAGCAGAAGAGAGAGGGUGGUUAUCCGCUCUCGUUACAAUGCAAAGUCAAUUGUGCUGUUUACAAGAGAUCCUGCGAAGUUAAAUUCUGACGCUGAGAAAAGGAAGCACCGCGACAGAGUGAAAAGGCGAGCUGAGCCACUGGAAAAAGGUGAUCGUCCUGCUAAGAGGGCGGUGAUGAAGGAAAGAGGAGCAACUGAUAUUUCCAAGACCUUGAGUGAUUUCUUUUGA